CUUGCAUGUAAAAGCCUCCACGUUGUGGCUGACGCUGACCCUGUCCGACGAGCAUACCCAAUUCAGUUGCAUACCAAUUUCUGCCUUGUAUUCUCAAAUGGCAUAUAAACACAAUGCUCUUCCCCUUUCUCGCUGGAUCCGGUCCAGUAAUCCAUCGCGUUUUAUUCUUAUUGAAGUGUCCAACUUGCCGAAAUGUUUAUAGCCGCAAAAUAUAUACAUCGAAAGAUCAAAUCCAGGAAUCAAGAUCCGAACAAGGAUACCCCGAAGCCCGUUACAGAGAAAAAAUCUUGCCCACACUCGCGACCUUUCCAGGUUGAGCUUAGGACCAGAGCGUCUGGUGAGAAUCCUCGGACUUCUCAAGGUACAAUCCCUUCAACUAUAGAAGAGGAUACGGUGUUAGUGCCUCAAAACUUGCCAAAGAGCGACGAAAAGUGUCAAGUCUGCAAGAAACAGAAGCAUGAUGCUCGCGUUUAUCGAUGGAAGCUCAUCGCAGGGCUGUGUCUGCCGUUUAUACUCGCCACAUUGGAUCUGACAAUCGUCGCGACGGCGUUGCCAUCUAUAGCCUCCCAUUUCAAUGAGUUUGACGAGCUAAACUGGAUUGUUACUGCCUUUACCCUAACAUCAACCACCUUCAUCCCCAUGUUCGGCCAAUUCGCCGAUGUCUUCGGCCGCGGCGAGACUCUCCAUCUCUCGUUGUUUCUGAUGAUUAUUGGAAGUGUGCUGUGUGCGGCUGCACAGACGUGGGGAAUGCUUCUACUAGGAAGAGCCCUGCAAGGCGUGAGCGACGCCGGCCUGAUGAACGUGGUUAUGAUCAUCCUCUCAGACAAGGUGUCACUGAAGGAAAGCGCAAAGACGAAAUCCCUCUUUACCCUUGUUGGGGGUAUAGGUUACGCUGUUGGGCCACUUGUCGGCGGGUAUCUAACAGAUGCCAACUGGAGAUACUGCUUUGUGAUAUCCAUCCCUAUCGCUGUUAUCGCCCAUAUACUCGUCUUUAUUUUGUUGCGCAAUGAACUUGUCGAAGGCACAAUGUUCAAACAGGGCUCUCGACUGUCAGGGAUUCUGCCAGCUCUGGCAACUGUCGAUAUUAUCGGUUCCAUCCUCUUCAUCUUCGGUGUAGGACUUAUCAUUCUAGCCACUGCGUGGGGUGGAGCUACGUAUCCCUGGUCAGCGCCUCAGGUGAUCGCACCAUUGGUAGUGGGCAGUGCUUGCUUCGUGCUAUUUUUCGUCUACGAAUACUUCCUCGAGCCGGGCCGGAUAUUUGCUCGAGUCUUUCCAAAGCAAGUGGCCAUGCUCCCGUACAGCAUGUUCGCCAGAAGAGACACGAUUUGGCUAGCGAUUGUGCAGUUCUCUACCGGAGCAGCCAUGUAUUCCAUUUUCUACUACAUCGGAAUCUACUUCUCCCUGGUCGAGGCAUAUCCAGCCUCAAAAGCAGGCGUGCAGUUACUCUACUACAUCCCUGGAAUGGGAGUCGGUGUCUACAUCGCCGUCUUCCUCUGCAACGUCUGGCCAGCCCAAAGCUUCUUCCCCCUUAACAUCGGCACGAUCAUCAGCACCGUCGGCCUCGCCAUGGUCGUAUACGCCAUCCACACACAAAACACCAGCCUAAUCAACGGCAUGAUGGCGAUCACCGGCGCGGGAACAGGGCUCCGCUUCAUGCCCGCCACGUUGCACAUGGUGGGUGUAUGGCCGGAGAAGAUCGCGCCCGCGCAGUCGUUGAUGCGGUUCGCGCAGCCGUUCGGCGGUACUCUCUGCCUGACUAUCAUGGGCAGUGUUUUCAAUAACAAAUUCGCCCAGUCGUCGGUUGUGUCCGGGGGCGCCGCCGGUGGGGAUAUUGAUGUCCAUGAUACGAACUCUUUGGCGUUUAUUGCGGACUUGCCGGCUGAUGCGCAGAGGAGCGUGAGGAUGGCUGGGAAGGAUGCGAUUAUGUGGGCUUUUAUCGCUGUUUUGCCGAUCAUGGGGCUUAGUCUUGUCACUGGGCUGUUUAUCGGUAAUGUGUGGAUUAAGCCCAAGCCGAAGACGGAUGAGGAGCAGCGGAAUGCGUUGCAGGAUGAGAGCAGUCACAGUGAAGUGAUCUACGUGCCGUAUCUGUGGGCGUUGUUGAAGGGCAACAUCGACGCAUAUAAAAAGACCAACAAGAUCUUGCCAGAAAGCAACAGCAAGUCCGCCGAUUUCAAUAAUUCAUAAGACCCUUGCAUUCAGGAACCCA